AUGUCGGCGCCGUUAUCAAGCCCGGUAGUCAACCAGUUGGGCGGCAAUGCGUCCGAGACGGUUGCUACUAGCAGACCGCUCGAAGAUGCACCCGACUUACAAGUGUGCAGGCACUGCAAGGAGACCAUACCAAGCACAACGGCCGAGAAGCACGCCCUAGAAUGUCGGAAGAUUAGGAAGGAAAAGGUCCAGCAUAUGGCGAAGGCCAAGAAGGCACACAAGGAGGAGGCUGCGCGCAAGGCAGAGCAUGGGGCUAGAGUCGCCAAGGACGACGAUAAGUCCUCUAUCCCUAACGAAUCUCGCCACAUAGAGGCUCAAAGACUCUGUUCAAGGUGUCGCAAUAUUGAUAUUGAGGCUAUCUUCGAAGACGGAGAGCGCAGUCAAAAACAAUAUUAUGGGUUCAGCUCUAAACACGGCUAUAUCAAGAUGAACCAGCACACGACAAUUAUAAUAUUCAAGCUUACAGUAGCGCACUUAGAGAGAAAGGACAAGAAUGGAGGAAAUACGUUGGACAAACACUCGGUUGCGUUCUGGCUGUUCAACAUGGUGAAGGAUCUAUCUAUGGCGGCACUACCGAAUGGGGAACUGCAGAACGUCUAA